UUGAGCCUGAAUAAGAUCUUCAGAUACCCUUCUACCUCUGUGUGUGCGAACAGACAUUUGCUCAGUGCUGAAAAUGACUGUAUCUCGUGUUUACUGCUUCGUUUCCUUAGGCAUUCUGGCCGUGAAUGAAGCAGUCGGUCACGGAGAUACCAGCCCUACCCUGAGUGCCUUGUGCUCACCAGAUGUGGGGCUGUACGGAGUCGCUGCAGAGUGUGCAGAGACAUACCAGCGAGAGUUGGCAGAAGUCGAAAGGAGAAAAGUGGCCACAGGAGGCAGUGGCAGUGAACGGGUGAAACACUGGGUGAGAGGAGGCUGUCAUCAUUAUCAUAACGUGAGGACCAGAGAGGGAGGAUGGGAUGAGCCGACAGAAUUUGUGCAGAAUGACACACAGCUGUCACGGGAGGAGAUGCAGAGCACUGUAUCUGGAGUCACGGCAGCAUACGAGCGAGAGCAGUUGUGGCUGGCCAAAGAGAACCUGCUGGUGAAGCUUCAGGCACGUUGUCGAGGCUGUCUUGUCUGUCAGGAAUUCAACUCCAGAAUGAGGUUUUUGAAGAAGCAAGUUCCAGCCAUCACUUGCAUGCAGUCCCAGUGGCGUGGCUAUAAACAGAGGAAGGCAUAUCAAAUCCGUUCGGAUUACUGACGAGCACACAAGGACCAAGAAGUGAAGAUUCAGUCACUGGCCAGGAUGUAUCAAGGCAGAAGGCGUUACAGAGAUCACCUGCAAUAUUUCAGAGACAACAUAAAUGACGUUAUAAAAACUCAAGCUUUUAUCCGAGGAAACAAAGCAGGAGAAGACUACAAAACCCUCAUUAAUGCUGAAAACCCACCUACGGCUGUGGUUGGGAAAUUGGUUCACUUGCUCGCGGACCCAGAUUUUCAGGAGGAGCUGGAGCUAAUGAAACUGUGUGAGGAAGCUGUGACCUUGAUCCGAUCUAAUCAACAGCUUGAAAAUGACCUCAAUCUCAUGGACCUCAAGAUUGGACUGCUAGUGAAGAACAGAAUGACACUGCAGGAUGUUGUUUCUCAUAGCAAAAAUCUUAGCAAGGAGAACAAGGAACAGCUCUGUGACGUGAUGACGCUGAACGAGCAAAAGGGAGGUUUGCAAGCUUGGAGCAAAGAGGAGAGGGAAAAGCUGGAAGCCUAUCAGCAUCUUUUCUACUUGAGUGUUGAGGCGCUGUCUGUCUUUGUGGUGUUGGCUUUUGUGGACACGUGCUGUAUGGGAACUGCUGAGUCAUGGCCUGAACCUCUGAUUGAUCACCUGAGGCGAGCAGUGAGUCAGGCAGAGGAGCACACUACUCCAACGUACUUGGCCAAGCUGCUUUUGCAGAUGCCUCAAAACAACCCCACAGAGUUCAUGGAUUCAGCCAUCUUCACGCUGCAUAACUACGCAUCCAGUCAGAGAGAGGAAUCUCUGCUGUUGCGGCUGUUGCAAACAGCAUUGCAGGAAGAGAUCAAGUACGUUAUGCGCUCUUUCAACCGUGGUGCCCGUGGUCAGAACGCACUGAGGCAGAUCUUGGCCCCAGUUGUGAAGGAAAUAAUUGAGGGCGAAUCGCUCAACGUCAGAACGGAUCCAGUGGAUAUUUACAAGUGCUGGGUGAACCAGAUGGGAUCUCAGAAUGGUGAGGCCGGCAAGUUGCCGUACGAUGUUACACCUGAACAAGCUCUUAAUCACGGUGAGGUGAGGAUGCACCUGGAUGCCUCAACCCGAGAUGUGAAGGCAGUGACAGACAAGUUCCUGUCUGCCAUCGGUUCAGCUGACCAAAUCCCUUACGGGAUGCGUUUCAUCGCCAAGGUACUGAAAGACUCCCGGCAUGACAAGUUUCCUGAUGCUGGCGAGGAUGAGCUUCUGAAGAUUGUUGGCAACUUACUCUAUCACCGCUACGUGAAUCCGGCCAUGGUGGCACCGGAUGCAUUUGACCUAAUGGAUCUUUCAGCUGGAGGGCAGCUGACUGCAGAUCAACGAAGAAACCUUGUUGUUGCAAAGAUGCUGCAGCAUGCUGCGUCCAGCAAGAUGCUCAUGGGAGACGGUGCACAUCUGAGCAUCGUGAAGGAAUACUUGUCACAGUCAUCCCAGAAAUUCAGGAAGAAAAGCUUGAUGUCUGUGCCAAGGGAGACGUACACCGCACUUGCGCUGCCUGGACGAUGUGGAAACUGGAAAUUGUGGGGUGUGCUGAAGCAUGCCCUCUCAGGCGACAUCUGCACUCUGCUCAGUCCAAGGAGAAUCCCUGCCCGCAGAUGCAAUGACACAGCAUGGCUCACCACCUCAUUUUUCAUUGCUUACUGUUAUGCUUUCGCUCGUGGAAGCACAGAGCAAAGUGACAAGAAACAGCUGCGAGUUCAAGGAAUUGUCUACCUUGUUCUGAUCUCCUGCCAGCUUGUCGUGCCUGCUGUGAUGGGCAUCGCGUGCAGCGAGAUCAGCUGUGAGCCUGGCAUGACACGGAUGGAGGCUGAGAACAACGGGAAGCCCCUGCUGGUCCGUGAGGAGUCAUCUCUUAAUAUCCCAGCUAUUGCUGCUGCCCACGUUAUUAAGAGAUACGUUGCCCAGGCACCGGGUGAACUCUCCUUGGAGGUGGGAGACCUCGUGUGCGUCAUCGAGAUGCCGCCUCAGGAGCUGAGCCCCCGCUGGAGAGGCAAGCACGGCUUUCAGGUUGGAUUUUUCCCUGGUGAGUGUGUGGAGCUCAUUAACGGAAAAAUCCCGGAGUCUCUCAUCAAUUCAGUGCCAAAGCCAGAUCUUGAUGCUCUCCUCUUCCUGCCAGUGGGCUGCGUGUCAUGCCAUAGUCCUGCAGUCUCCAGAAGUGACCCCACGUGCUACCAAAACAGAUCACAGACCUGGAUUCAGGCGUUCCUCGUUCUCCCACUGCACGAGCUGUCAUGGAGCAGCAUGUGA